GCUCGUGUGUCUGUGUGUGUGUGUGUCGAAGUGUGUGUGGACGUGCGUGUGUGAUACAGUAGUAGCCCAGAGUGAGGUCGCAGUCUUAUUUCUCCACAUCGGCGCGCGCGUGAGGAGUGGGAGCAGCCGGGAUGGCAGUGGUCCGUGGACCGUCCGGGAUCUGAUUGAGACGCGGGCGGAUUAGGAGACUCUGACAGAGCGAGGCUCCACGCGCAACUUGCGAUAGCAACAAAGAACGGGCGCGCGCAUUGAUGGGACGCGACUUUGACAGCUCCUGGUUUUCUGGCGUUUAACCGAGUUCCAAAGCAGCGACUGGGGGAAGAAGUUCGAGACCAUGGCUGAGGCGGACCCGCUCCCCGAACUGGACGUGGCCAUCGACCCGGACUUCGAGCCCAAGAAGCGGCCCAGAUCCUGCACCUGGCCGCUGCCGCGACCGGACUCCAGCGCGGUGAAACCGGAGAGCAACGACCCAGAUAUCAUCCCCGAGGAAGAGGAUGAUGAAGAGGAAGGGGCGACCCCGACCACCAUUCGUGUCUCUGGCGCGGCCACCGAGGACGGGAGCAGCAGCAGCCCGCUGCCCGACGGCGCGCUGUCGUCCCCCGGUCACGAGAGCGGAGGCUCCCCGCUGCCCUCGCACUCUCCCUCGGCCACAUCUGGAGCGCUGGCCCCCAGCAGCCUGGCCGCCCAGCAGACGCCGAGGAAGGCUUCUUCCCGCCGCAACGCGUGGGGGAACCUGUCCUACGCAGAUCUGAUCACCAAAGCCAUCGAGAGCGCCCCGGACAAGAGGCUGACACUGUCCCAGAUCUACGACUGGAUGGUCCGCUCCAUUCCCUAUUUCAAAGACAAAGGCGACAGCAACAGCUCUGCAGGAUGGAAGAACUCCAUCCGGCACAACCUCUCCCUCCAUAGCCGUUUCAUCCGAGUCCAGAACGAGGGCACAGGGAAGAGUUCAUGGUGGAUGAUCAACCCAGAAGGAGGCAAGGGUGGGAAGGCCCCUCGCCGUCGCGCCGUAUCCAUGGACAACAGCAACAAGUAUACCAAGUCAGCUCGUGGUCGUGCUGCCAAGAAGAAGGCGGCCCUGCAGGCCGCGGCGGCUGCAGGAGGCGAAGGUGGCGGGGACAGUCCGUCAGGCCUCUCCAAGUGGCCCGGGAGUCCCACAUCUCGCAGCAGCGAGGAGCUGGACGCUUGGACAGACUUCCGUUCACGUACUAACUCCAACGCCAGCACGCUGAGCGGGCGGCUCUCGCCCAUCCUGGCCAAUCCGGAGCUGGAUGAGGUGCCCGACGACGAGGCCCCCCUCUCGCCCAUGCUCUACUCCAGUCCUGGCAGGGCUUUGUCCCCGGGCAACCCCACAAACGUAGUGAAUGGAAAGCCAAUGACAGCAGAGCUGCCUCGUCUGGCGGACUUGGCAGGCACGAUGAAUCUGAACGACGGACUCGCUGAAGAGCUGAUGGAUGUUCUUGAUAACAUCAACCUUGUGACUAGUCUAGAGGAAUCGAUUACCAAUGGUCCCGCGGGAUUCAGUUUUGUGUCCAAACCGAACGGGCUCCCGUCUCCGGCGUCUACGCCCACCCCGUCGCCCAACUCUUUAUCUAACGGUGUUAAUGGCUAUAGCAACUCCAUUUUCGGUCCGCACACCACCAGUUCCUCUUUGCGUCCAUCGCCCAUGCAGACCAUUCAGGAGAACAAGCAGACCACCUUCUCCACCGUCAGCAUGUCCCGCUUCGGCAGUCAGACUCUUCAGGACCUGCUAAACUCAGACUCGCACAGCCACAGCGACGUCAUGAUGACACAGUCAGAUCCACUGAUGUCACAGGCCAGUGCCGCUGCUGUGAGCUCUCAAAACUCGCGCCGAGGUCUCAUGCUCCGCAACGAUCCUGUAAUGACUUUUGGAACCACUGGCGGAGUGCAGGUAAACCAAGGGGAGCUCCUUCAAACAAACAACCACAACCAGAGCUCCAUUAGGUCCUUGAACAAGGGUUUGAAUUUAGCCAAUGAGGUCAACGCCCUGUCCAAUGCCAAGCAGCAGCUCCUGCUGUCGCCGAUGGGAGGAAACGGCUCCUCCACCAUGCAGAUUGACACGUCCAUCUUCCUGAACGGGGCAGUGAGCACAAACGGAGGAAUCUGCCAGGACCGCUUCCCCACAGAUCUGGACCUAGACAUGUUUAACGGGACCCUGGAGUGUGAUAUGGACUCCAUCAUCAGGAAUGACCUGAUGGACCCAGAUGGCUUGGACUUUAACUUUGACUCCUUGGUCAACAUGAACGGAGUGGGCAACUUUACAAACACCAAGCAGACCUCGCAGAGCUGGGUCCCUGGCUGAGGACUGGAACCGCAGCCAAGCAGAGCAGGUCUGACCUGUGUAUCCAAGAGAAACUCCAACACACAUCCUUUUUGCCAAACCUGCCAUCAGCACAACAUAAAGUACAACCCUUGUGUUUACAGAAGACAACUCCCUGACGGAGACAAGACCCUACAGACUCUCGAGAUGCUGCACCCCAAACUCUCCUGCGAGAACCGUGUUUUCAAACUACCACAAACAAACUGAAAAAAAUUGGAUGAUUAUGCAAUUUCUUUGUCUGGUGACACGCCGGAGACGCACCAUUGGAUCAGGAGGACUCCAGCGACCAGGGGGCGGAGGGCAUCUGUUCCUGUUGAAGAUUCUGACAAACGUGUAAAAUGUAAUCAAGACGUGACGUGUUCUCAUCUGGAAAGUGUAAUGUCGCGAACCUAUUUCCUUCUGUACUUUUGUCAAGUGUUUUGGACUUUUCUGUUUCAUCGUAACUAAUUCUGUCUGUGCAAGCAAGACGUUGGUGUCAGUGAAAUGAAAAAGGAAUAUCAGGCGGUGUCCGCUGGCUCACAGAUAUGCUGCCCCUUUCUUGUACCAUGCAGUUCCAGUUCAUAUAAAUUGCUUGAAUUUGAAUUAACCGCGACUUACUGAGGGUUAUGUUACAGUUAACUGAAUCAAGAAAGCGCAUUUGUGUAUAUCUAACUGUAUAAAGUAAAUGACAAAUAGGAAUAUACUUCCUGUUUUGGGUGUUUGUACAGUGCAGGGUGACAGAAGGCUCAAGAAGGAGGGGAAGUAUCUUCUUAAGUUUUGGUAGCUUUCGAUGAGGUUGUCUAUCACAGCAUAUGAUGUAGCGAAAUAAUACCUGUGUUUUAUGGUUGUGAACAUUUCCACACCACAACAGGUGCUAUGUAAACAGUGUUGAAUCUCGUACGGAGAGCAAGGCGUGGGCUUUUGUUUUCACCCACAGACAGGGCAACCCUGCUAGUAGCAGGCGGCGACACGUUAGUAGAGGCUCAUUCCUCGAGAAGCCAUUUUUCCUCCGAUAAACCAAUAAGCUAUCUCUGUAUAUUGCCAAAAUUACUUGAAGACAAACAGUAGGAUAUGCUGGCAGCCAAAUAGCAGCAUUGAUACACACAUACAAACACGCAUACGUAUAUUCAGGCUAUGUUCAGACUGCAAAUCAUGUAUUUUUACUAGGUUGCUGGGUUUUACGUAAAUCCUUGAACACAUCUUGCUGCUCGCGAGAAAACAAAAUUAAAAACCGAUCAUUUAGGAUUAACUGUAUUCAUGCAGUUAUGCAGUCAAAUCAAAAGUUUUCACAAAAUGACUCCCGGUUUGACGGGCCAAGAAAAGGUAAGGACAAUUAUUCUCGCAACUGAAAACAUCGUCGCGGAUAGUUUCUUCAGUUUGGUAAUGAUAAUGUGGCAGAAAUAAUGAUUGCGGUGUCAACAUAGCCUGCAGCACACAACACACUCGUAGCUAGUUACACGUGAACGUACCAGGGAUCUGUGUUCGAGCUCUGCUGUCUUCUUGUCAUGUGGGGCUUGUUAUGCAUUUUUAGAAUCACUCAGGGGGGAGGGGGAGGCAUCCCGCUUAACUAACAUCAAGUCACGUUCUUGUGUCAAGUAUAUUUCCCACAUAAAAGCAAAUUACGUUUUGUGUUUGUGAACUUGUAUCCUGUGAAUCUGUGGCCGUCAAAUCAACAUCCGGGGCGAGAGCUACGUCACCACUGCUACGUUUUGUGGUUUAUUCGGUAUUAGCAUUUACACAUUUGGACCUUGUUCACCUGGCUGCACUUGAAAUGAGCACUUUCCCUGAGAUUAUAAUUCAAAGUGACAUAUUUCUUAAAUAUUCACUAUUAGUACUCUAUAUUGUUGCACUAUUUCCAAGGUGAAAGUUUUUAAAAAUGCUUUCGUUAUCGCUAAUUGUUCUUUUGGGUGUAUAAAUCCUCUUCAUGUUCGAUUCGUAUUUGGCAUUUGAAAUAUCAUUAAUAGUCAAAUUCAAAUGAGCUCAGUUAGGCAGCAGGUGGCGGUAGAGGAAGUGAGAAAUAUAUUUCGUACAUCUACCCAGUCAACAGGCGCUUGGGUCAACUGUACCUGCAAGUCCUGAAACUGCCCUAAACAAUUGCGAUUAUUCAUCUUCUGAACAAUCCGUAGCAGUGUGGACGCAGCGUCUACUACGUUUCCGUCUUUACUUUUACCUCUUCUCGUCAAACCCUGUGACUCGUGUAAACACUGACACACUUGGUGCUCCUGCAGGUGACUUCCUGAGUGACAUUGAGUGUGUUAACAUUUCUGUUGAACCCUCACGCGGAUGUGUCGCUGUCCCUCAUGGUGCAGACGUCCAAGUCGACCGUAUGCAUAUAUGUAUUUAUGCAUUAUGGAUUACGUGUGAAAUGCAUAUAUAUAUAUACUCGCUGUAUCUCCUUGUAUAUGAUCAUGUUGUACUUGACCCCUUGGAGUUUGUGGAGAUGCGCCAGGUAGGAAGUGAGGAAACACUGUUACCAGCAAAUCUGUUGUUUAAGUGGUGAGAUAUUGCCGCUGUUGUAGCAUUUGGAGACAUGAAGGGUGUGUCCUUGCAGUGUAUCAUAGUGUACAGACGUGUGUGUAUCACUUAAGGGCAAAGGCAGGAGUGCGUGCGUGCGUUUGUGUGUGUGCAUGGUCCGCUUGAUACCUGAGAUUAAGUGCAUGACCGAGCAGUAGACCCUUCCAACGGUGCCGUCCAUCCACAAAUAUAGUCAUGCAAGUCCAGAGUUAGUAAUAGAGCAGUGCUUGUGCCGAGCCGGUGUAUGGUUGGUUCAUUCAACAUCCUCUUAAGGAUCCUCCGAUUCAGACAAGAGUCUGUCUAAAUGAUGCCAUCUUGAGGGUCAGUUUAAAAGUAUAACCCCGUCCUGGCUCAAACUGAAGGGAUUUUUGGUGCUCACUUCGGAGCCUCGGCAGAAUGUUGAAUGACCGGACGAUACAUGGAGGCCGACGUUCCCUCACACUUGUCUGUAAGAGCGUAGUUUACAUCCUGGUGCUCUUGGUGCUCGCAUGUUAUCUGACAUGGAGCUGGAACUUUCCUCCACACACUCGUAUCCUGAGCCAUCACACGAGCUGCUAGACAUUUCAAUUGACUGUUAAGACUCCACGACUGACAAACUGGCUUCAUUGAUCUCCGAGGCCAAUCGCCGGAGGAGAUCUUGCACUUCCACACUGCACUUCUAUUCCACUCAUGUCCAGUCACAGACCUAUAGGAAUACCACUAGAGACCUUGGUCACCUCUCUGACGUGUUCAUUUCACCUUCUCUUGAGCCCUUCUUUUCUUGUUCAUAGGCUCAGACCAGCAGUCUGCCAUACGCCCUCUCAACUUUGUCCUUUAUUAAUCUUGCUUCUUCUUGACUUGAUGUUAGUGGGUAUUUUCCUGUGUAUUCCAAUUUUGAACUGUAUUCUAGUUUGUAUAAGAAAUGGUGCGCAUGUAAAUAAAGCUUGGUGAGGCUCCACA